ACGGUUGCACUUGCUCUCACUCCUAAGAACUCGUUGGUCUCUCCCUCCUCCAUAAUUCUACAGUUUGCUAGACUCUCGUGUGAGUCCCUCACGCAGAAGUCAUUUCGAAAGAUAAAUCCGUGAAAGGAGGAUAAAAAAAAAGAGUGAUUGAAUCGAUGUAACGUACCAGUGAUUGGAUUACUCUCUCAUAUAAAACAAAACAGGGGGCAUGAAUGAUGCUGCGAGAGGCGAUUGGGUACGUGAACUUGGUAAAACGAAAUUGAAGGUGAUAAAGAAUGGCAACGAAAACUGAGGACUCAGUCUCCAUGGACAAUGUCACAGACGGUGGAAGCGUGGAUAAAGAGAUCCUGACGAUAAGUGGAUCUGAUAACUCGAGUCAUCGUGUUCCUCCCACAUAUCUCUACACUCCAGGAACAGACCAGUGUGUUCUAAAUUCUGAACAUGACAGGCACAACUGCUACGACGAGACCCCAGAUGAUCAAUUGGGUCCACUCCCCUCAAACUGGGAAAAGGCAUACACAGAAACUGGAGAGAUUUACUUCAUCGAUCACAACACAGGCACUUCCCACUGGCUCGAUCCAAGAUUAUCAAAAUUCCAGAAGCGUUCCCUGGAGGAGUGCCUGGACGACGAGUUGCCUUAUGGCUGGGAAAAAAUAGACGAUCAGCUGUAUGGAACGUACUUCAUAGAUCACGUGAAUCGUAGAACUCAGUACGAAAAUCCAGUGAUCCAGGCGAAGAGAGCACAGCAGAGUCUGAGUGACAGGAAGAGUCCAAAUUUUACGAGAAAUCCAAAAAAUCUGAAGGGCCAGAGGAUAAGGACAACUCUUCUGAAGAGCUCUCGAGGACUGGGAUUUACCAUAGUUGGUGGUGACGACACAGUCGAGGAGUUUCUCCAGAUUAAAAGCGUUGUCCCCAACGGUCCAGCCUGGCUCGAUGGAAAACUCCAAACAGGUGACGUCCUGGUGUACGUAAAUGACACCUGUGUCCUGGGUUUCACUCACAACGACAUGGUGAAUGUCUUCAAAUCCAUCGCCAGUGGGGAGACCGUCUCCCUGGAGGUGUGUCGGGGCUAUCCUCUGCCCUUCGACCCCAAUGAUCCUAAUACCGAGGUUGUCACAACAAUAGCAGUGAGUGCACCAGAUGAUCACAGUAUCAAUCACGUGGAGUCAGGAAUUCCCAGGAAUCUUCAGCAGAUGCCCUCAGAUCUUCUCCCAGACGAUCCUUCCUUCUAUAUGGACCUGGAUCCCUCUCUUCAGCAAGACAGAUUCAGCUUCCUCGAGGCCUCAUUUCUCCCAGUGCACAGCCACCAGAACGGUGAGAACUUGACGACAGCUUCAGUCAAUUCAAUGCCAGACCUUUGCAUAUCUGAUAAAAUUACCACCAUAAAAAGGCCCAGCAGCACGGAUAUUUUACUCUCAGAUACAACGGAUUUUGAUGACAAGGAUAGCCUGUCGAAGCCAGAAUUUUUCAGUAUUGCCAUUGUCAAGGGGGCCAUGGGUUUCGGUUUUACAAUUGCAGAUUCAUCACACGGUCAGAAGGUGAAGAAAAUUCUGGACAGACACAGAUGUAAGAAUCUCAUGGAGGGAGACAUCCUUGUAAAUAUCAAUGACGUCAACGUGAGGAAUAUGUGCCACUCUGAAGUUGUACAGGUGUUGAAGGAGUGCCCGAGGAAUCAGGGGGCCGUUAUCCACGUCCAGAGGGCCGUUCUCAAGGACAAGGAGAAAAAGGAGAAAAAUCCUCAGGAUUUUUACAGGAGUAAAACACCAACUGCCGAUAUUUACAGCACUCAGUCCAAGACGAUUGUCCCUAGCAGACCAAAAACACCUCUCAUUGACACGAGAAAUCGAACAAAAUCACCAGCUGACUUCAGAGGAUCUGACUGGAGAACUGAUAAUGAUAAUGAUAUGAGUACAAUGGAGAACACCUGCAAGUAUCCUGAGUACAAUCAUGACGUUUAUUACGGUGAUCCUUAUAAAUCGAGUAUGGGAAAGAUGGCGGAUAAUUUUGGGAGGAUGACAAUCGAUGACGAUCCGAUGAGACACAGCAGUAGAGACUGGCGUGGAAAUGAUAAAAUACCCAUGAGUGAUAUGUACCCGAGUCCUGGAGGGCAUGAGCAGAUGGUCAAGCAGAAUGGCGAACACUCGGAUUACUACAAGGACAUCUACUCUGUCAGGAUGCACUCGCAGUAUUCCGUGCAGGAUUAUGCGGUUUAUGGGAUGGGGCAGGAGCAGAGUGUCGACACUGGUGAGAUAUGGGACAAGAGGAAAGAGACUACGAGCUUUGAACAUGAGCAGCCACAUUCCAGCUCUAUAUCCAGGUAUCCCCAAUAUCCGAAUGAACUGGUUUGCCCAACAAUUCCCGAUGUCGAGUGGAUAGAAACACUGGUGACCCUAGUGCGUCAGGACACUGGUUUUGGAUUCAGGAUAGUCGGUGGAACCGAGGAGAGAUCUCAGCAGGUGUCCGUUGGCCACAUAGUGCCAGGUGGAGCGGCAGAUCUGGACAACAGACUAAACACAGGUGAUCUGAUUAUGUCUGUCGAUGGCGAGAGUGUGAUGAAUUCCUCCCAUCACCACGUGGUCCAGCUGAUGAUUCAGGCAGCGCAGAAUGGACGGGUCACCCUGGGAAUCAGAAGACGCAUUAAUCAGGAUCAUCUUCAGGAGAAUCUCCAGACAUCGUACGAGAGACAGAUGAAUCUCCAAUAUCCUUAUGACAUAACUGUCACGAGAAUGGAGAACGAGGGCUUUGGAUUUGUUAUUAUUUCGUCAGUGAACAAGGCUGGCUCCACCAUUGGAAGAAUCAUCGAGGGAUCACCUGCUGAGAGAUGUGGCAGACUCAACGUUGGGGAUCACAUUCUCGCUGUCAAUCACGUGGACAUCACCAACGUUUGCCACAAAGAUAUCGUCAAUUUGAUCAAGGAUUCUGGGUACUCGGUUACACUCACCAUUGGCUAUCCCAUUGACGACUGCUGUAGCACCACCUCAAUGUCCCAAAAGGACGAGUCGACUGGAGAUGGCGAUGGGGGACAAUACCACGCAGUGGAAUUAACCCGUGGCACUCGGGGAUUCGGAUUUAGCAUACGAGGAGGACGAGAAUUCCAGAAUAUGCCCCUUUUUGUACUUCAGAUUGCUGAGAAUGGCCCAGCAGCAAUUGAUAACCGAUUGAGGGUGGGCGAUCAAAUAAUCGAGAUAAACGGUAUAAACACGAAGAACAUGACUCACGCCGAGGCCAUUGAGAUAAUUCGAAAUGGUGGGCCAUCAGUGCGACUUUUAGUCCGUCGUGGAUGCCAAAUGCCAAGUGCGAAUUAUAUUGACCAAAUAAGUGUUCGACCGAUUGACGAUGGCACCAUGCACAUGAAUAAUAACGAAAUAAUUCAUGGAAAAUUAAAGAACAAAAGAAAAACAUCCAUUCCACUGUGCUGCUGCUCCUGGAGAAAACGAUGAUACUGUAGCAUUAAUUAAUGCAUUAUUGGUGAUUUAGAUGAAUUGUGCCUGUAGCAUAAGGACUUGCAUUUAUAUAAAAAAAUUUUCUGAGAAUCUCACGAAAAUGAAUUGUGAAUAGGAAAUUACAAUUAACCCGAUACGUCGGGUUGGUUGAUGUAGCAAAGACUGCACUUUAAUGACAGUUUCCCGAGAAUAUUUUUAUUUCAUAUUCUAUUGAUACGAUUUCCGAGGAAUUGUUCAAAGUUCACGAUUGCUGAACGUUUUAUACGUAUUUUUAAUUUUUAAUCAAAACUCAAGUACUUUAUACACGAGAUUUUAAAACUGGAGAUUUAUCAUUACGAACAAUUGGUUGGACUUAUCAAAUUAUCGUUGAUCAGAGACGAGUGGAAAUGAUUAAAUGAAUUGUAUCCAGCCGACCAAAGAAUUUGUUCGUCUCUCUCAACACUCGUUCAACCGACGAUUGUAAUAAUUUUUUUGUAUAGAAAUUAGUUUUAUAUGUAAUUAUUUCUCCCUCGUAUCUGAAGAAAGAGGAGAAAUAUCAAAAUAGAGAAUAAGUCUACAAUUUGUAAUGUGUAAAUGUGUUGACUAAUAUAUAUUUUUAUAUCUACAAAUCAGGGUAAAUUUAAGGAAAAUGUGUCUUGAAAUGAAUUUGACUUAAUUAUUUUGUGACUAGUAACAUUGAAUUAUUCAUGUCUUUAAACGAUUUUUUGUAAGUUUGUAGUGAAUGUGUAGCUAUGAUUUCUUUAGAAAAUCUGCUCAAUUCUCACGCGCGUGUCCAAGGAUUGGACUGAGUGAUUAGAGUAAAGGAAUCUGUCUUGCCGCGUCUUCCACAUGUGGAUUCGAUCACCGACUGCGUACCAUUUAUUUUAUUUAUCCAUUGAAUAAGUAUUUUAAUCCUUCGUUAACUGACUUGAGUGACAUUCUGUAGAAUUAUUGUAAAUGGACGUUGAGGAAGAUUUUUUUAUUUACAGGGAUGAAUAAUCGAGAUUGAGUAAGAACUAUUACGGUAUAAUACGUAAUAUGCGAUACGAGAUUAUUAUUGUUGAAUAUAUAUUGAAACAA